CUUUUUUAAAUAUUUACUUACCCAAGGUGGCCGGCGAUAGCAUAGAUCAAGAAUGCAUUAAUAAAAUUGGAGCACACAUACUAUAUAUCAAUCAAUAUUGAAGUGACUUUAUGCAUGCAAAGAGACAUGACUUUUUCAGUCUUUGAUUUAGACUACUGCCUCAGCAUAGUGGCGGGAUAGUGGCCGGACAUAUCUAGCCCCCACUGUACAGGAUGGUUAGUCUUCAAUUUUUUAAACACAAAUUGCAUUUUGUUUCAUUUUUUUAAUUAUGCAGAAAAUUAGCAAUGCUCGACUUAUUGUGAACAAUGCAGAUAGUUUAAAAAUAAAAUAAACACGUAUUUAAAUGAAAACGUUUUUCUACUAAACAUUCAAAUAACAUUCUUGAAGGGUAACAUCGGUUUGGAGAACAUGGCCAGACAUAUUUUUCUCCCAAUAUUGGUUCUCUGGUUACGUUGUGUCUGUAUUUUAGCAGCAUGUUUGUCUGGAUGGUUUGGCUCCAACUGUCAAUACAAAUGUCACUGUAUUGAUAACAAUUGUGAUAUCAAUGGUCUAUGUUUAGAUGAAUCUACUUGUGCUAGUGGAUGGUUUGGUCCGCUAUGCCAGUAUCAGGACCUUGCACAAUUGGGUUCAACAAGUACAACGAUUUUGACGGAUAGAGAUGAUACUACUUGUGCAAAUCUGCAAUAUUCUACGAUAAACUUGGCGAGAAGAUAUGAGUUGACAUCCAUUAGGGUAAAACUAAAAGCAGAUGAUUCCUUAUCAGAGUUACGUCUUGCUGUUAAAGAGACAGUCUACAAUAGCAGUUUUACCCCGUGUACUGGCAUUACCAUAACACAAUUCAACGACUCGACUAGAUACAUCUACUGUAGUUGCAACAAAACUGUUCAGAUGGUUCAAAUAGACUUUGGAAAAACAAUAUCGCUGUGCACAGUUAAUAUUAAUGGAGGACGAAAUGUCGCUCUGAAGCAAAUGACGUGGCAGUCAAGUGAUUACGGUACUGUAUACACGUCUGACAAGGCAGUAGACGGGAACACUGAUAAUAGAAUAGCCAGUGGUUCAUGUACACAUACAGAAGACAAAGGGAUAUGGGGUCUCACAUUUCCAAUACCACUGUACAUAAACAGAUAUAUUUUGUACAACCGAGGUGACGUCCAAUUUCGUCUACGGGGAUUUACACUCACCAGCUACAAUUUCAGCCAGCAGAUUGUGUUCACCUACACAGAUCCUAAUCUGAACACCGAUGCGGAUGUUUAUAUUGUGACGUCACCACCUACUCCUUCUGUCUAUUACGUGGAGAUCCGUUCAACCUCAGCCCUAACACUGUGUGAGGUGGAGGUUUUCGAAGCAUGCCCCUUCGGAUGGUUUGGACCAAGCUGCCAGUACAAAUGCCACUGUACCAACAACUACUGUGACGUGUCUGGUGGAUGCUAUGGUGGAUCAAGUUGUGAUAGUGGAUGGUUUGGUCCACUUUGUCAAAAUGCUUGUCCUGCUACAUUUUAUGGAGACAAUUGUACACAUAAAUGUAGCACACAUUGUCUGGACCAAACAUGUGAAAACGUCAAUGGUAAAUGUGUUGAUUGCAUUUCGGGAAGAACAGGAGAAUUUUGUGAACAAGAUUGCGACAACACUCACUAUGGCCCAGGAUGUAUCUACACAUGUUCAACGAAUUGUGAAAAUUUACAAUGUGACAGCAUAAACGGUCAAUGUAAAAAAUGUUUACCAGGCUAUACUGGUCACUUUUGUAACACUACGUUCGAAAGUAACCGACUAGAAUGGAAUUGCAACCUCAAGGAUGGACGGUGUUACAAUUGCACAGAAAUAUAUCAAGAGCCAUCUAAAGAACUAUGUCAUGAGAGAUUAAUAGAGGGUAUCGGCAUUGGCAUUGGCAUUACGUGUGCUGCUGUUGUACUCAUCACAGCCAUUGUCUGCAUUAUUUGUCGAUGUAAAUCAAGAAAACUAGGCAACAACAUGAAUACUGAAGCACACACUAAAUCUAAUGAAAACUUAAAAGAGAGCCAGACUGCUAACAACGAUCAAGAUAUACCGUCAACAAAGGCUGGAUCAAACCCAUACGAUGAUAAUAACAAAGAAAACGGUCAAUAUGAAAACUUCGACCCUGAUUAUAAAGAGAUUGUAGAAUAUGAGUCUAUUGGUAUGGAAUCGACGAACAUACAUUCGUUGUAAUAUUGAGCCACACAAUAUAGGAGUAGAAUGUAUGGAUAAUGUAUUGUUAUUGUGUUUAGAAGCGUUACAUACUUUUUACUCACAAGGCAUUGUACAUAUUUAAAUUAAAUUUACAUUAUAUAUUAAUUCAACUGCAAUUAGAAUUGAAAAUAAAUGUUAUUCCUUAGCUAUUGAGUCUUAAUUAAAAUAAACAAUUAGCAGAAAAUAUCUCAUUUUCAACAAUUCUUUACAAGAUUUACUAAGCAAGCUCACAUUACUCUAUCUGUAAGAGAAGAACAUGUUUUACUUUAGUUGAAGAAUGUAUAUUAUUAGAGUAGUGUCUAUUAUAAAUAAA